AUGCAAUCCUCGCGACGGCCGUCGCUCACCGGCGGGCGCAGCUACGAGAAGGCGCGGCGGGAGGGGCAGGAGCUGUACCGGAGGAAGGAGUACGCGGCGGCGGCGGAGAGCUACGGGGAGGCGAUGCUGGCGCUGCUGCGCGAGGCGGGGCGCGACGACGCGACGAAGCGGUCGCUGCAGGCCGUGCUCCUCGCCAACCGUGCCAUGUGCUUCCGCUACCUGGGCAGGAACGAGGAGGCGAUACGCGACUGCCACGCGGCACUGGCGUCCGACUUUUGCGCGGGCCAGACGCUGCUGCACAUCGAGGAGGUUCUCGAGGAAUGCGGCGACCUUCGCGGCGCGCUCGCGUGCCACGUGGCGUCCGUGCAGCGCGCGCUGGAUGAGCGGCCGAGCGGCGAGAUUCCCACGGAGGAGGCGACGGAGGUGGAGCGCGUGCGACGGCAGCUGAUUGGCGAGAGAGAGCUGGCGAUUCAGUGGAAGAAAGUUCCCGCCAAGGGCAAACCGCCGCUCGGCGCGCAGAUGUCGGCGGUGGAGUGGCGCGGGCAGGUGAUUCUGUUCGGCGGCACGGACCGCAGCCACAACCUGCUGCCCAACGACCUCCACAUCUUCGAUACGUACAAGUCCGAGUGGCUGCUCGUCCACAUCCCCGGCCUGCGCCCCGCCGCGCGCGCCGGCCACCGCGCCGUGGUCCACGGCGACUGCAUGUACGUCUGCGGCGGCGGCCACUCGACGGAUUUCGACAUGUGGCGGCUCGAUCUGGUGACCAUGGACUGGGAGCCCGUGCCGGCUGCGCCGGGGCUGCCGGCCGGGUCGACCGACGACGAAUCAGAGCAACGCUCCGACGAGCAUCCCGCUAACUUGGCGGGUCAGGAGCUGGCGACGCGGGGCCAGGCGCCGCCGGGAUUGGUGCAGCACAGCGUGUGCGUCGUUGACGGUCGGCUGCUCGUGUGGGGCGGCUUCGUUGUCGGCCGGCCGCCGCUCGAGCGGCACGCUAACCGGCAGCACCUGUACGAGUUCGACUUCGAGACGGGCGAAUGGCGGCGCGACACGUGGCAGGGGGACUACCUCCCGAAGGCGUAUCAGGACCGCGGCGUGGGCACGUGCGCGGGCGUCGCGAGUUGCAGGGAGGGCGGCAGGAGUGAGUUGGUUGAGAUCAUGUCGUUCUUUGGAAGCCGCAAGACGCUCGUGCCGCGAUCCGGGCUCAUCAUGGACGAGUCGACCGCCACCGUCGAUCGCCUCCUGCUGGGCGAGCGCCGAUGGCAGCCCGUGCCGCUGCUCGGGCCGCGCGUGCCCGCGGCGCGGUCGGAGGCGGCGUUCCUGUCGCUGCCGGAUUACGCGGCGACGCUGUGCGUGGGCGGGUACUAUGAAGGUGCGAUUCACCGCGACGGCUGCCGGUACUACGGCGACGCGUGGCUGUGGCACCACGACCUGGGCAUCUGGUCGCCGCUCGCCGCCAAGGGCGACGACUUCCGCGCCGGCGCGCACUUCUGGCUCGUGCAGCGCAACGACGGCGCCGUCUUCGCGGGCGGCGGCUUCUGCGGCACGCCCAUCACGACCAUGUUCGGAGCGGUCUACGAGGCCACCAUCGUUGCGCCCAAAGUGCGCCGUCCGCCGCCCCCGCGCGCCCCUGCGCGCUCCCUUCCCCUCGCCCACCCCAUCCCGCCUGGCUCCCCGCUCCUAGCUCUCCCCGCGCCCCCUUCCGCCGCGCCCAUUCUUGCGCUCCCCUGGGGCUCUUCCCCUUCCCCUGGGCGCGGAACUUCCGCCUCCUCCUCCCCCUCCCCCCCGCCGCACUCCUCCCCUCGUCCCCUCUCCGCCUGCUCCUCCUCCUCCUCCCUGCGCACGCCCGGCACGCCGCUCAUGCCCAUCGUGCGCUCCGCGUCCGCCGCCGCGUUCCGCCAAGGCGCGCGGUCGAGCGCGCACGGGGAAGGGGAGAAGCUGGGCGCGGCGGGGGGAAUGGUCGUGAUGAGCCGCUGCAACACCCUCCCCGCGCAGUACUCUCCGCCAGGCGAGGGAAUGGCGGGGGGAGAGGGCGGCGCGGGCGCGGGCGGAGGCUUCAGCGCGUGGGACGAGAGGCAGCUGGCGCUGGGAUCCGCUGACGUCAGUACGGAGCAUCACGACGCGAACGUGCGGUUCAAGGCGAAAGAGGAGGCGCCGUUCGAGGCGCCUUUGGGAUCAAUCAACAUCAAGAUUCUUAAGCUCGAGUUUGAACGACGGCGUGAGAACCGGCUGAAGACGAAAGCAGAGAUGGCGGCGGCGGGCGCUAUGGCGGCGAUGCGGCGCGUGAGGGCGCAGCAGGGGGAGCAGAUGGGCGCAGGGGUGGCGCAGUCACUACUGCUGCACGUGCGAAUGAGACAAAUCGACCCGCCCAUCUGGAGGCGCAUGGAGGUGUCGGGGCACAUGACGCUCCGCCAGUUCCACAAGCACGUGCUGCGCCUCUCCAUGGGCUGGGCCAGGGACCAUCACGCCUACAAGUUCCGGUCCUCCUCAGGCCCGUGCCCCGGCGUGUGGUUCGGGCCGACCCUGUCUGCCGCACCUGACUUCGCCCUGGCGCGCAUGCUGGGGCAGGGCUUGGCGGACGACAACUGUGUGCUGCUGGGGGAGAUGCUCGUCAAGGAGGGCGACCGCAUGGCGUAUGUGUAUGACCUCACAGACCGCUGGGAGCACGAGAUUGUGCUGCUGCACGCCACACCCGGCAUGCCACACCGCCCUCUGAGAGCGGAGGUGGUGGAUGGGUGGGGGGCAUGUCCCCCAGAGGACGUGGGGGGAAUGGGGGGAUACCUGCGGCUGCUGGAGAGAGUGCGCAGCAGCCAUGGCAGCAAGCGAGAUGCUGCAUGCACACGGGUGCUCCGGGCCGCUAAUAAGAGUCACCUUGACUCGUUUGACCCCACCAAUUUCCCUCUCAACGCCUGCAGAGCAGCCUUGGAGAAGCACCUAGCAUCAGCGGCUCUCACCCUGCCAUCCAACCACCUCGACCCCCCCCCACCACUCGCACACGCCACAUCAGCUGCCACAUCAGCAGCACCGGCACCAUCAGACCGCCAGGUCACCGCACCGUGGCAGCAGCCCCCACCGCAGCCCUCGACCAAUCACAAGCAGCUCAAGUUUCGGCAGCAGCGUCAGCAGCAGUAG